CCAAACAGUCAUCACCGCAUCAUAGUCGUCGAACCAAAGUCGUCGCGGAGUAGUGGCGUGAGAAUAAGACAUGGGAAGUGAGCUGCCCGUUUUGCUCUUGAUCGUGAUCGAUGUCCUGGUCUUGGUCGCGGCCAUUGACUUUGGCUAUCAUCCGAGUGCCGAGGAGUUCGACAGCCUGUUGCGCACCCAGAACUGGGGUCGCCAUCUCCUGCAGCGUCGCGUCCAGGAGCGUCGAUUUGUGCCGCGCUACCAGCACCAGACCUCCAUACGCUUCGAACCGCCCGACUUGGACUUCCAGCUGUUCGAUGGGGAGCAUCAGGAUCGGCCAGGAUCGCAGCCAUAUGUCUUUGAGUCCGUGGAGGAUAAUCAGCCGUCGGCGGACCAGUUUCAUGUGCAAAGUGAACUGCUGGAGAUCAAGGAGCCGCAGCCGAAGCCCAAUGCCACCACCACCACAUUUCCCAUUUACUUCACGCACCCAACCACCGGCAUUGUCUACGCCAUAAGUCAGGUGGGCGGGGGUCAAAGUUCAGGUCCCAUAGCAACCACCCAAAGUCGAAACGAUAGCAAUGGCAUAGCCAUUUAUGUGACCAAGGCGCAAUACGAUGAGGAUUUGGAGAGUUUGCGAAGGCAAUAUGAGAAGUACUGCCAAUCCGGAACGGUUAUAUCCACCUGAGUAAGUCCGGGAAACCAGGAAGGCGGAACCACCGCCAGACCUCAGAUCAUACGUUUGAAGAAGCCCAAAGAUCCACUCAGUAUCCACCAAGCCAGCAACAAGUUGCCCAAGCCAAGUCAUCGGCCACCGCCUGUGAUGGUCACCAGUGGACCCGUCGAUCAUGUAAGCGAUCAGCUGCUCAAGCUGACCACCAAACCCACCAAAACCACCAGCACGCCAAGGCCAAAUACGAGAAGAAAGAAGCGCAAGAAGAGACCAAAGAACAAGAAUAGAGUGAUUAAAAAGAGACCGGGUUAUGGGGCGAACCACACUAGAGAUCAGCCGGGACCUUUGCCCAUUUAUUUGGGUAAGAGACCCAGUGGCAGUAGCUCUAGCCCCACCAGCACCACUCGACCACCGCCGGCUUAUACCCAAUUGGAGAAACCACAUAUGCCACACGCCACUUUGCCCACCACCAAUGUUUUCAGCCAGCAUCUACUGCGAAAUGGUGAAGAGCCAACGGAAGAAAGUGAAGAAACACUGAAAGAACAGGACGGCCAUGAGACAGUUGAGCCACUCAAUCUCAGAAGACGCCGUUCGCUGGAAGAUUUGGCAGGAGAACUAAUGGAACCACUUUAUCCAAAAAGACGUUCUUCUUUAAAGACACUUACAAAAACGAGAAUAUUUAGAAGUGUUGUUAAUAAGGCAAGAAAAGAGUCUGAAAGUGUAGUCAAAAAAGGAGAAUUUAUUGGAGAACGACAACGUUCUUUGAAGAAUUCCAGAAAUGUGAAGAAAGAAAGUGAUGCCUCUAAAACAUUGCACAGUAGAAAUCGUAGGUCCUUGGAGACCCCCCAAAAGUUGGGAGCACAAAAAUAUGUAAUACAAAAAUCUACUGAGAAAGUUAUUGCAAAUGAACCAGAAGAAUUGCAAAAAGGAGUUACCAAAGAGCCGCAAAAAGGGGUCACCAAAGAGCCGCUAAAAGGGACUAAAAAAGAAUCACCAAAAGCUGUGUUAAAGGUGUCGCAAAAUAUAUUAUCGAAGGGAUCCCAAAAUGUGGUAGCCGCUCGACGGGUGAGCACGCCCAGAAGACGCUCCCCGAAGGGAAGUUCCAGAAAGCGAAAGACCAAACAAAAACCACCAGAAACCACUCAGAAGAAAGAUAAGAAUUCAGGCGGAGUGGCCCAUAUACCCAUUGCCGUUCAUCUGCUCCACCGAAAUCAUAGCCAAGAUGAAAUAAAAGUACCAGCCAAAGCCAAUCAGAAAAAAAGAAAAAUGAGUAAGGAACGCAAACGUGGACGACCAGAGUUGCCAAGUUUUGAUGUAUUCGAACUGCUGUCUGAUGGGGAUUACGAGGAUGAAGAGGAGGACAACGAUGAUGAUGACUACUAUUUUGAUGGAGGUGAAAAGGAAAAGGAUAAGGAUAAGGAAAAGGAUGAUCUAGAGGAACCCACUCAAAGUGGCAGCACAGAGGCCCAGAGCUCGGAUCUCAAAGAGGAUAGCAGUUCCGCCGAGGAGGGCGCUGAUUUUGGGGCCAUGGUUGAGGAGGAAACCACGACGAUAUCCACCAUGUCCAGCAGUGAGGAGGAGGACACCAAGAAUUCAGUGGCCAACAAGAAGAAGAUACGCAUCAAAAGGCGGCCGGAGAAUUCCGAUGAGGAUUACGACGAUGAUGAGGAUUCCGGCAUAGGUGGCUUCUUUCGCAUGAUCUUCUAUCCCGUCCAAGUGGCCAUGUCGCGACUGAUGGACGGAUUCGGUAAUGCCGAUGAGGAGGAGGAAGACAAGGAGCCGGCCAGUCCGCCCGUGUCCAAGUACCCCAGUUACACCCUCUAUCACAGUGCCCACAGCAAUGAGGCCUAUGCCGAGGAUGAGGACGGGGAUGGGGAUGGGGAUGAGGAUUCAACUGAUGACUCCUCCUCGCUGGGCAGCUGGUUUAGCUCCUGGUUUGGCCUGCAGCGACGCACCAAGAAGAUCGGCAGCACCACCACCACCACCACCACGGUGCCGGUGGCACCAGUACCACCACCCACCAAGGAGCCACCCGGCUGGCUGGAGUCCUGGUUUGGAUUCGGCAAGACCACCACGGAGGCGGACGGCGAGGAUGACUACGACAAAUGGUUUUCCAGCUGGUUCGAUUCGAGGCCAAAACGGAAGGUUAGACGUCGCUCCACCACCUCCACGUCGACCACCACGACCACGACCCACACGCCAUCGGCGGCCCAAGUGCCCAUCUUGACCAUUGUGGAUCCACUGCGGAAUCCGCAAAAUUGGAUUGGCAUACUGGCCCAUCACAUUGUCAAUUCCACGGGCAAUGCCAUGGCCUCCACAACCACCAGUAAUCCGCUGCUUCAGGCUUUAGCCACUCGGAUGACCACCAGGGGCACCACCACUAGCACCACCACCUCCAGGCCGGAGAUUCCCCGCCGGAUUAGCUACGAUAAGUACCAGAUCUGGCGUCUAAAGCCGCAGGAUGAGGAGCAGGUUCGCGCCCUGGAGGAGUUCAAAAAGGGCGACGAUGGGGUUAAGAUGCACUGGCUCAAGGGACCCAGUCUCAGAGGUCUCACCGAUGUUCUGGUGCCCCCCAAAAUGCUGGUGGACUUCCAGGGCACCCUGAACUACGAGGGCAUUGCGCAUGAAGUGCUCAUCUUUGAUGUGGGCAAGGCCAUUGCCUACGAGCUGACCAAAGAGGAUUACCUGCACACAACUCGACCCUCGAAGCCGCGACCCACUGUUCCGCCACCCAUGACCUGGAAUCGCUACCACAAUCACGAUGAGAUCGUCAAGUAUCUGGAGACGGUGCGCAUGCGCCAUCCACAGCUGGUCGAGCUCAUCCACAUUGGCCGCUCCUACGAGGGUCGUCCCCUGAUUGUGGUGAAGAUCGAGUCGAAGCAAUCAGCGGCGAUGGCGAACAGCGAUGGUCUGCAGACGGUUAAGCGACCGAAACGGAAACGGAAGUCGGGCCAGGCCAAUGCCGUGUUUGUCGAGGCCGGAGCCCAGGGAUUGGCCUGGAUCGGGCCCGCCACGGCCACCUGGAUGAUAGCUGAGCUGCUGCGACUGAUGAAGACAAACAAGAGCAACGAAGAUGUGGAGUUCAUUAGGAACACCACGUGGUAUAUAAUGCCAGUUCUAAAUCCGGAUGGAUAUGCCUACAGCCACGAGUACGAUCGGUUCUGGAAGAAGUCGCGAUCGCAGCACCAGGCUCCGCCACCGAGUGGCCUCCUCGACUCGGCGAUUUCGUGGCUCCAGCAGAAACGAGGUCCGGACAAGGUCUGCCACGGCGUGGAUCUGGACAGGAACUGGCUCUACCACUGGGGCAAGCGGGGCAGCUCCAAGUCGCCCUGCAACGAGUUCUACGCAGGUCCAGCACCGUUUUCCGAACCGGAAACCAAGGCCGUAUCCGAAUUUCUGAUGGACUACAGAACGCAGAUCAAACUAUAUAUAUCGCUGCAGGCCUACGGUCAGGUUAUUUCCUAUCCGGUAAAGGCCAAUUCCACUUUUAACUCCGAAAGGUUGGACGAUUUUCUGGACGUGGCAAUGGUGGGCACCGAUGGAUUGCGAAAGAAGGGCAGUAAAUCUCGAUAUAAGGUCGAUGCAUCCAACGAUCUGAUUGAGCAGCGUUCGGGCUGUGCGGAUGCCUUUGCCGCUUAUGAAAUCGGAAUACCCUUCAGCUACACACUCCAGCUGGCGGACAAUGGAGUGCAUGGCUACCUGCUGCCCAGCAGCGCCAUCGAGCCAACGGCUCGCGAUGCCUUCGAGAUCAUCAGUGGCAUGCUGGACUACAUUUAAAGCUCCGCCUUGGGAUAACCAAUAAAAAUCGGGAGCGGCAGGGAUUCUGGGGGAUGGGCUACAUGUGAAAGAGUUCUAGUUCCUUUUAUCGCGCUUUGGCGGCUUGCGUUCCGGAGAUCACUUGCCACUUUUCCGGAAUACAUUCUCCAAUUAUAUUAGCUUAUUCACAUCUGCAUUUUAUGUAUUCCAAAAUUUUUUUUUAUUACAGAAAAUUACUAUAAUUGAGAUUUUAAUUUAUUAUUGUUAGAUUUAUGUGUAUUAUAACUAAAUAUUAUCUCCUUUUUUUUGGUAGUUGUAAUCCUGCUUAAAAUAAAUAGUGUAUUUAAAACAAAGUCUUAUAU